UGCUUGUCCCCCCAGGUUUGGAGUACACAAAACGUGGAAACACAUUCUUGAGUUGCUCAAGUAACGCUUUAACCUCUUUGUAUACCUUAAUCCACAGAGCUGGAUGAUCUUACCACAAGUUGUCAUCUAAGUAGUAACACUAAACCGUCGAUAUGGUCGCACGUUGGACAACAGCUCUGGCCGUUGGCCUACUCACCAUAGGCUCAAACGCCUCCCCAUUAGAAACAGAGAAGCUGUCAAAGCGCGCGCCACCAUUCAACUACAAUGGCGAAAAGGUUCGUGGCGUAAACACAGGCGGCUGGUUCGUUCUCGAGCCCUGGAUCACACCCAGCAUCUUCGAAGGCAACGAUGCAAAGGAUGAGUGGACCUUCACAGAAAUUCUGGGCAAGGAUGCCGCAAAGUCGAGACUCCAAGAUCACUGGAACUCCUGGAUCACGCAGGACGACUUCAACCAAAUGGCGGCCGCAGGGCUCAACCACGUGCGUAUCCCAAUCGGGUACUGGAGCGUAAUCGCUCGCGACGGUGACCCAUACGUCCAAGGAGCGUACGACAAGCUCGGCGAGGCGCUUGAUUGGGCGAGUGGUGCUGGCUUGAGUGUCAUGAUCGAUCUACACGGUGCUCCUGAGUCGCAGAACGGCUUCGACAACUCCGGCAAGUACGGCAACGUCGGCUGGACCCAAGGCGGCUCCGUCGACCACACCAUCCGCGUGCUCAACAAGAUCCGCGAUGACUACGCCUCGCAUCCCGCGGUCUCCUCCAUCCAGCUACUCAACGAGCCGCUCGGCCCCAACCUCGACAUGAACACUGUGCGCCAGUUCUACAUGGAUGGCUGGGGCAACCUCAAGGACUCCAACGUCGCGGUCGCCUUCCACGACGCCUUCCAGGGCGUGACCUCGUGGGGCGACUGGGGCGCCGGCAUGUGGAACCUGCUGCUUGACACUCACCACUACGAGGUCUUCACGCUGGACGCUGUCGCCAUGAGCAUUGAUGAUCACAUCAAGACGGCGUGCGGGUUCGGCAACCAGAUGGCGAGUACGGGCAAGUGGACCGUCAGUGGCGAAUGGACGGGCGGUAUCACCGACUGCGCCAAGUGGCUGAAUGGCAAGGACAAGGGCGCGCGCUACGACGGGUCGUUUGGCGGCGGCUCCAGGAUCGGUGACUGUGCUGGCAAGUCGACCGGCACUGUUGCUGGGUUGUCCGAGGCGGAUAAGACGAAUGUUGGGCGCUUCAUUGAAGCGCAACUCGACGCCUAUGAGAAGGCUACUGGUUGGAUCUUCUGGACAUGGAAGACCGAGGGUGCGCCCGAGUGGGACAUGCAAGACCUGCUUGCGAACGGCAUCUUCCCUCAGCCGUUGACAGCGCGAAAGUACCCUGGCCAGUGCGGCUGAGCACGUUCGCAUUGUCUGUUGGACGAACCAAAACGUUCUUGUCGGUAGACUGUUUCACUCGCUCCACGCAAAACUCCACCUUCGCCAAACAUGCUCGAUUUGAGUAAUGAUGUCACGAAAUAUGUUUCGAAGAUACCCCAAUCCCGAUCGCUUGCUGCACAUGGCUUCUUGGGAAGUCUUGGUCUUGGACCCUGGCACGUGGUGGAAUUGUGUAGGUUACAUAGGUAGCAUUAGACGGUCGUCAGCUGUAUAUGCAGUGACGUACGCAGUCAUAAAAACAACAAGAUAUGAUAACAAACCUCGUCCGAAAUAC